UGAUUGCUUUGUCCUCUGUAACCCGCCGUUUUGUCUUUCCCUAAGUCUAGUAACGUUAAUAAUUCCAGUUAAAUUUAUCCAAUUGCACACCUCAUCAAACCAUAUCUAAUUGAAACUCCUUUUUAUGAAUGUUUGUGUAUCAACGGACUAAAUCCUAUACUGCAAAGCUUAAAUAUUAUUUGCAUAUCAAUCAGGCUAAAGUUAGUGCUCAGAUCAUCAUAACGUUUCAACGAAUCAGCACAAUAAAUAUUCAAAUGCCUUCAGACCUCUCUGGUUAUGUUUGUGUGGUUACAGGAGCUAGUCGCGGUGUCGGCCAAGGUAUAGCUAUCGGCCUUGGUAAAGCAGGAGCUACCGUUUACCUUACUGGAAGAACUGUUUCAGCAGAAAAUGGUAAAGGAGGAGUUAGUCUUCGUGAUACUGCCCAUAUUAUUAAUGCAUCAGGCGGAAAAGCUAUUUCUGUUGCUGUGGAUCAUUCUGAUGAUACACAAGUUGCAGGACUAUUUUCCCGUAUACAUAAAGAGCAAUAUGGUCGUUUAGAUAUAUUUGUAAAUUGUGCAUUUAGUGCAACUGAUUAUUUAUUGGAUAAUAAUAAUUCACCAUAUUGGGAGUCUAAACUUCGUCCAAAUGAAGAAUGGGAUCUAAUUAAUCGAGUUGGACUUCGUAAUGCAUAUAUAUGUAAUGUAUUAGCUACACGUAUGAUGAUGAAAUGUCGUGAAGAGUCAAUGGAUUUAACAAAGAAUAAUGAAAAUGCAUGUAAUCAUUCCAAUAGUAGUAUAACAACUCCACUUGUUCAUAAUAAACCAUUACCUACAGGAUUAAUUGUAAAUAUUUCUAGUUUCGGUGGAAUUACAAGGAUAUUUAAUGUGGCAUUUUGUGCAGGCAAAUCAUCUUUGGAUCGAAUUAGUCAAGAAAUGGCACGUGAUUUGAAACAACGUAAUGCAAAUAUUAGUGUUGUCAGUAUUAUACCUGGACUUAUACAAACAGAAUCAGUUGUUUCAGCCUAUGAAAGUGGUAAUCCAUUAAAACUGUUUGGAUAUGAUGCCAGUUUAAGAAUGGAAAUUAUUUGAACGUUAGCUAAAUGAUUAUUCGCUCUGUUUCUGGACUCCACAGCAGUGCUCAUCUGCAACCUCACACAAUAUUAAACGUAGAAUCCUCAAGUCAUGUUAAUGUCAGUUUGUGAUUUGAACAGCCCACAAUUUAUACAAAAUUACCUCCUAAAAGCUAACUAACUUGAAAAUAAAAUAUUGCUGAUAAGUGGGGUAGUUAUUCAUAAUCUAGAGGCUGGCACAAUACUCAUCUAUCCGAAUUCCCAUCCCGUCAUAUUACAACAGAAUCAACCUCAUAAAUUGAAUACCCUAAAGAAAUCAAUGUGAUAGUAGUGACUAUGAUCGUAAAAAGGAUCGAAGAUAGAGAAAUGAAAUUGAUGGAAUUGGUUCCCUUUAUGAUUUUGAAUAAAACCAAAACAACAAUUGAGGCAGAAUAGAAUAGGGGCGGAGGUAAGACGUUAAGUGACGUCCGAAAACAGAAUAGGAUCGUCUAGUGAUAACAGACAAAAUUUAAAGAGUGUACAUAAGUUUAGUCAAAUAAGUGAAUAGAAAAUCCGACGAAUGAAUGGAUGAUUUUGAUGUACAUAAAAAUAAGAAUCAGUAUGGCUAAGACAACAUAACAAAUAGACUUGUAAAAUAAUAUAAAGCAAUUAAUCCAUUUUAUAAACUUCCAUAGAAGAAUGAGAAGACGGAGUUGAUAUGGAAAACCAACUCAUUGUUCUAUUGAAAUAAAAUAAUAAUAAUAACAACACACAAACCUAACGUCUCAAUGACGCCAAUAUUUUCAUGAUUAAGUUACCUUUCCACAAACUUGCCUCCUCGAUCACAAGGUGUUUAGAACCAAUCUGCAAAAAAAUUAGCUCCUUACAGUCUGAAGGAUAGUUUCGCAUUUGUACAGAAGCUUGACAGCUAAAUGUUUUCGUUAAAUUUAUGGUAUCUUUCGACGUCUCAUCUCUUCACAAUUUUCCCUCUGGAAGAAACGGCUGAAAUUGUAUGUCAAUAUCCUGAACUCAUUCUUUUCCCAUUUAAUUAAUUAAAACAGUUCAUGUCCAUGUAUACCAAGAUUACACACUACCGGUUCAGUAGUAUGUUGUACCACAUAAUUGAUAGUCUCCACGGGUAGCCUCCUGGAUACGAUUCCGGCUGAUAUACUUAUGAGGAACCUGGAAGAUUUGAAGCUUAAGCACUCAGUCGAAAAAACUGCACUUUAUUGUCUAUAUAUUGAUGGCAUUUCUUGUUUUCAACAGUCAUAAGGAUUCUAUGUGCUUACUCAACCUGUUUAACAAAGUAAAAAAUGAUAAAGAUUUUACUAUGGAACAUAAAGUACAAGGCGAAUUCCACUACAUAGAUAUUGGAACCAAACGAACUUCAGAUGACACACUACAAAUACACAUUUAUUAUAAAAAUAAAUGUUAUGGAGUUUAUCUAAAUUACUAAAGUUUCUGUCCAAUCAGUUACAAAAACGGGAUAGUACAAACCCUUUUUUGACUGUACCCGUAAACUUUACUCACAGGGAAACUUGCAUGAAGAACAUGGUUUCAUUACAACCUGUCUAAGUGAAAAUGUAUAUCUAUAUUCUGUAUCUAUUUUCAAGUGAUUUGAAUCUUAUGAAAACUCUUCUUAAUUUCUAUAAUUAGCACCACAUCAUCCUAUUCUGUUUUCGAACUUCACUUAUUGUCUCAUCUCCAUUUUGGCUAAAGCCAAAAUGAUUUGAAAAGAAUAAACUUAUGGGAGAAUGUGAGAGAAACAUUGCUAUGUAUGAUCCAGUGAAAGGAGAAAAGAUUUGUCUGAUCGACUGCUAACAGUUUGGAGUUAUUCCGCAUGAAGUUUUCGAUCCAUUGUUUAUGAUUAUCGCUCACACUCUAGUAAGGUACUCUGCACCCACCGAUAAACCUUAGUUUAACAGUCACUGACUUUAUGAACUGAUGACGCUAUGUUAUUUUAAACACCCUCAGUUUUCUUAAAACCUAAUCCUGUACCUUGCUUCCAUUGUGCAUUGAAGUAGAUGGUGGUUCGGACAACUUUGCAAGUUUCCAGAUCACAUCAGUUAAUGAAGAUUUGAAGCGCCAUCAGUCCUAAAGUAUAACAGACUUUUUUGGCAAUAGACUUUCUAGCCAUUACACCUAUCUGACUAAUAAGUAGGAUGUAACAACUAAAGUCAAUAUAACAACUGGGAAUUGGAUUUCGAUAGUUCCAUGAAUAGAUACAUCUUAGAUUCGUUUAAUUGCAAUUAUUUUGCUUAUAGAUAAUAUUGAAUAUCUUUUAUAUAACUAACUUUCAUUUAAGUUGAUAGUUUUCUGCACAAAUUUGUGCAUAUUUUUCUGAACAAAAUUAUCAUUACUGAUAUGAAUGUAGGGUCAAUGUGACCAUCAACUGUUGAAAUAUCCAAUAAUUUAUUGAUAAUUAUUGAUUGAUCUUAUGAUAACUACAGUUUGGCAAUAUGGGAUUGCACAACUAAAUAAAAUGGCGAUUAGCUUGGUUCUUAUUUUAAUUUUUCAGUCAUUUAAGCACCAAAAUUGAAUUACGUAAAAUAUACUUUCUUCAUCGAAUCUUUUUCAUUUAUUGAAUAAAUGUAAGGAAUUUGGGUUACUUUUCAAUGGGAAUAGGUCAUUAAUGACAUAUCUGAUUCCUGUAGUGAUAUAUAACAUGAAUUUAAAUUCAUUAGGAAUCAUUUGAUGUCUCUUAGUGGUAGGUUUAGGACUUCUCUUUCUUAACCAACCAUUUAGAAGAGAAUGGUUUCUUCAGUAAUUAAUCAACUGUGUAAACCAAAAUGGAUUACGAUAGAUCUGAAUCAAUUACCCUUGAAUAUUCAAUAACACACUUCAUUCCAUCUAAACAUAUAAAUUAUGCCCCAUAGAAAGAAUGGAUUUAACUAUCUAUAAUUUGGACUUGAAUACUGCUACUCCAAUUGACAUUGAGAUCUCUAUCACUAAAUAUAGCUGUAAUUUAUUAGCUUGGACAUUCAACUGUCAACCAAUUGAAUAUCGAUACAAACCAUGUUAAUGUUUAUAAAUCUAAGUAAUAUAUCCUUGUUACGUCCUUGAUCUGUCUACCAAAUAAUAUACAGAAGACAGCUUGUAUCGAUCUAGGUUAAGGUUAACUAGUUUAACUUCGAGGUUAGAAAUGCGUGAGUCUGAAUUGAAACUAACGGCCUUGGAUAGAGACGAAAAAUAUUCUACUACCUGAUUAGUUGACAAGCGAGAGAGGAGAUAAGUCAACUUUAAUACUACUCGUUUCAAUCUUGAUUCCCAACUCAGAUUAGUGUGAAAAGAUACAUGAAUAAGUAGAUGACUAACACAACCACAUCGCACAAACAAUUAGGAAAGUACAAUUAUGUCCAAAUUGGGCAUUAUAGUAGAAAAAUACGGUACAAAAGUUACAUUUAAAUUACGAUAGCUUUGGAACAGAAAAGGAUAUAUCAGUGAAUAAUAAGUCCACCGAAAGCUUUUGGUUUAAAGAAUAUUUUAAGGAUACAACUAAAUGUUAUUAUUUCACAAACUUUGAAUAAAGUAAAAUAACGUCCCCGAAAAUAGCUUCCGUUUUCUGUCAUGGCUUCUUUGUUUCUCUAUUCACAUCAAUCCUACAAAUCCAUAAACUUUCAGUUAAUUGUUAGACAGUAGCACCGAAAGAACUCCAGCUAAAAAGGUAACAAUAUUUAAGAUGUCUCAUUUACCAAGUACAUAUUUAUAUGUUUGGGUUCUAGUCACAAUUUAAUUGUGAUGGCUUGUGGUGCUACCUGGUUGCGCAAAUCGAAGCAGUUAGAGCCUGAUUUGAAAUUAUGAUGAAGUAUUUUAAAGUUAAACAUUAACUACUGAGCUUUUACUUCGCCAAUAAUCAAAUAACUGUAUUCCUAUCAUAAGCUAUGUAAAUUGAUUAUAUGAAUUAUAUGAAUACUCUAAUUGGCAAACUCAGAAAGAGGUAGAGUUCAUGAAAACAGUCACCGGUUAUGAAUGUAAACUUGUUCUUUAGUCUUCUCAAUUUACUGAAAGUUCUCUUAGUCGGAAAAACUUAAGUAAUGUUAGAAAGAAUUCUUCAAAUUGUAUUCAAAUUCCUUUCCUGACUGUCUAUUUCAGUCUUACUUUCUUCACCAUUAUUAGCUUACUAAAAAUUCUAGCUUGACCAUUUUCUAGCUGUUUAGAUAUUAUUAUAAAGUUUCAACUGACUAACUAUAUUUGCUGACUCAAAUUUGUUCAUAUUUAUAAGUCUUGCUGAUUGAACGUUAUAUUUGGAUCCUAAGCUAUUCUCGUAAACCCCAAGCGAAAUCUACACAGCGACUUGAACACGAGA